UUUGGAUAAAGUGAUUUUUGGAUACAGUGACUGAUUGAUUUAUCCAAAACCCAAACGGUAACGCUAGCUCCGAUGUCGGAACCGGAGCUCCUAAUGGAUCCUCCGGUAGUGAACGAGUCAUCCUUCUCUGAGGUUUGGCCAUUUUCAGUGAACUAUGGUAUCCAAUUACCGAUCAAUUCGGGUCAAGACUUCACUAGUCGAAGCGAAUUAUUCGGGUAUUCCGGUAACAGUUACAUGUCGGCGGCUGAGGAGUCUACGGUGACGGAGCUAACCGGAGGAGGAAGAAAGAGACGACCUUUGACCAGCGUUACUCGAUUGAAAGAAUCAAGGAAGAAGAAAAUGAAAGUUUGUGGUCCUUGUGGAUCUGAUGGAGAAACUGAGUAUGGUUGGAGAGCUGAAGGUGAAACAAACUCAGGUGGUGGAAGCAAAGAAACAGAAGAAAAGAGUCCGGCAAAGGGUUAUAUUCACGUGAGAGCAAGACGAGGACAAGCUACUGACCGGCACAGUCUAGCAGAGCGGGCUAGAAGAGAAAAGAUCAGCGAGAGGAUGAAAUUUCUUCAGGAUUUGAUUCCAGGAUGUAAUAAGAUUAUAGGCAAAGCUCUUGUGCUUGAUGAGAUUAUCAAUUAUAUUCAGUCAAUGCAACGGCAAGUUGAGUUUCUAUCGAUGAAGCUAGAAAUCGUUAAUUCAGAUGUGAGCAGUGGUCCGGAAGUAGGAAUGUUUACUUCUGGAGAUCUUAAUACUCUGCCGAUUGAGGUUCAUCGAACAUUGUUCGAUCAACAAGAAGCUGACAAAGCCCUAGGGUCUCACAACCGGACUGGCUCCAUAUGAGAAUGAAUGGAAGCUUUGAACGAACUGCGUGAUUGAUCUUCUUGAGGGUUGUGUCUUGUGUUUGUGUAUAUAAAUUAGCAGAUAGUACGACUAGGAAAUAGAGACGAAGCGUGACUGUUAUCAUCAGAACUCAGAAGUAAAGAUUUAAUUUAAUGCACCAGAGAUAGCCUCUGCAUAUGUUUCAUCAUUAACAACUUUUUUUAUUGUCCUUUGUAAUACUCAAUGACUGUGACAGACUCAUCAUGUCUUUGAUAAUGUCUUUAUUA